AUGGAAGGUUCACGGUACCUUCAGCUACUCGAAUGUCUUCGUCAUGGACAAUGUAAUUAUGACGACUAUGAAUUAUUGUUGACACGAGUAGUUGGACAACUAUCAGUAGGCUCUCUCUGUGAUUCACCAUGGAAUAAAGCUCCGAUCCUUGUGUUUCGAAAUGAAGUACGAACACAAUUGAACAACAAGGCAGCAAUUCACAAUGCAGCUCAAUUAGGCCACGUCCCAAUGGUAUGCGUCGCUCAAGACACUUGUAAUGGCAAACCAAUUGAAGAUCCUAUACUUAUAAAAAAAUUAUUGAAAUUAUCUGAUAGCAAGACAGAGCAUUUACCUGGUUUAUUACCUUUUGUUCCUGGAAUGCCUGUUAUUUUAACACAAAACAUUGCUAUUGAACUUGGUCUUAUUAAUGGUAUUAAUAGAAUAUUUCGACAAUUAGUCUAUCAGGCAUAUUCUGUAUCAACAGAUGUUUUAUCGGAAAUAUUUCCAAAAAAUACACAGUACAUCCAUCGACCAUUAUAUGCAUUAAUAGAAAUUGCCAAAUCAAAAAUUGAAUCAAAUCUUGAAGAACUUCAACCAAAACUUGUUCCAAUACCGGUAAUCGAACAAACAUUUCGAGUAAACAUUUCUGAUAUUCUUCCAAAAGACAAGGAACCAAAAUCAAAUUGA